GGCACGGAACAGAGAACAAGCUCUUUUGGUAGAGAGCACAGCCGACGUGUUGUUUUGGGAUUCAGGGAAUACACCGGUUCUAGACGCGCUGCGUUCAUGAGUUCCCUGGCGCCUUCCGCAGGAUAAGUCUCCCUUGGCGAUUCAAGUCGCUCUUGUUGCCUGGAGUCUUUCGACAAGCAGCAACGUUCCGGGCCCCUUCCAAGGCGUGUGCGUGUGUGUCUUGGGAAAGCAACAACCGAGGGCAGCGACAGCAGUAGUGGUAGCAGCAGCAGAGGAAGCGCUCGGAUGCCUUACAUCGAAGUCGAGAGGUCGGACCACGAGGAGCACUGCGUCAUCGCCUCAUCCCACCAUCUCAACGAGCGUGCAGAGGAGAGAAAAGAACAGGACUCUGAGAAGCAGCAGAAGCAGCAGCAGCAGCAGCAAGAAGGAGCCGGUUCUGCGAGUUCUCCAACAUCUCCGCAGCAAGGGGCACAACCAGCAGCACCGCAUGGAGUACCGAAGCAACAACACGAAGACGAAAGAGGAGGCGCCGGGGGCGAGGAGGAGGAGGAGGAGGAACCGACGGAGGUGUUGAAACAGACCAGCUUGAUCGUGGCGGAGAGGACGGACAGCGAGACGUGGGACGCGAAGGAGGUGGAGGAAUCCGGGUGUUGCACGCGGUGGUUCUCGCGCAGGCGGCGAAGGUGACAGCAGCAGAAGGUCUCGUGAGAAAGGAGUGAGGAGAGAGGAGGGUGUGCGGCGGUUACACUGCGAACGAACAGAUGCAGUGUGCCCCCUGUGUCAACGGAGGAGCAGGCAGCAGCAGAAGCAGCAGCAGCAGCAGCAGGAGGACGGGAGUAUGGUAGGCCGUCACUGACUGACUAUCUGUUUUUUUUUUUUUUUCUCCCAUCAUUGGACUCUGUCGUCUGCCCCUCUGGCCCCUAUCCUCCACUUCUACCAGCUAGACGACCCAACCGGGGUCACAUAGGAGGGGGGGGUUGGACCCCCUUCUGCGGUUCCUGCGUGUGUGUGUGUUUAUUAUUAGCAUCGACCGCGCUAACCGGCUGACCAAUGAAAAGACGUCAGUCUCAGUGCGGUUGAAAACGCAAAAUGCUUCUAUCUGCCGUAAACUGGGACCCCGUGAGGGGGCAGUUUGUGUGUGUGUGUUUUUAUUAUUUGCAUCGACCGCGCUAACCGGCUGACCAGUGUGUGUGUGUGUGUGUGUGUGUGUGUGUUUUCGGUCUAUUACCAAUCAACGAAGUAUAUCGCCAAUAGUGGACAGCCUCGUGCAUACUUAUACUGCUUGUGAUGUGACUCACUUGCCGGUCGGCGGUGGGUGGGGGCAUGNGUCGCAAGGCGGUCGUUUGUUUUGUUUUCUUGCGGUCUGUACUCUUGUAAGUUUAUGGUGCCACGCUCUUUUUAAGACGAGCACCGAAGCGUACAAUCAAACGCGACUUGUGUAUUUUUUUCUUAUUGGCAUCGACCGCGCUGAACCGGCUGACCAAUGAAAAACGUGUGUGUUCGUGUGUCCACCUUUCGUCCGGAAUUAUCAGCAGGAGGCGGAAGCGACCGUCGGGCCGAUGUAGAAUGUACGGCAGAGAAUUGCGUGUGUGGGCGAUCUGCCGUGUAGAGCUCUCCGGCGAGCUCCGCAAGGGUAGCGUAGUCUCUGCCUUCCCGUCUGUUAUAUUAUGUCCCAAUGCGAACAGCAAUACCACGCCAUGGCUGGCGUUUUGUGUGCCCUUUCGUGUGGUUCAUCGCGAUGUAUUCCCGUUCGCGUAUGCUAUUACAGCAGAGAGAAAUGGAUGACGGCAGUAGCAGUGGUGGUAGAGAACAGGAGUAGCUCAUCCAUGCUUAGACUUCGCCUCUUGAACGGGCGGUACGAUAGGGGCAUUGUUGGUUGGUUGGCCGCAAUUUCACGGGUCAACCGGUUUUAAGAGGACUGGGCCCCACGGUUAUAUAUAUGGUACAGUGAGACACUGCGAGCGACAGCGGUGAAUCAGUGGGUGUAUGAAAUAAUAACUACUGUAUGCGUAGCAAGGCGUCGUUGAGAAGUCCCGUCCGCCGUUCGAGACCCUGCCUACCCGAUCGCUCCCCGGCGGAGGAUUUUGGGGGCUACGUGAAAGGGUUGCCCUACGUGGGAGUUUCGUGGCGAUCACAAUCCCCUCUCGCCCCGACUCACGGCAACGGCAAUCGUGUUUGUCGGGGUGUUGCCUUCGAUCGAUCCCCGCGUGACGGACGUUGCCAGUCACAAGGUACUCACACGUCGCAUUUUGGCAACCCGCCCCCC